ACAACCGUGGUACGAACAGAGAUCUGGGACACCAGAUAGAGAGAGAGAGAGUGAGAGAGAGAGAGAGCGAGAGAGAGAGAGAAAGGAGGACAGAUCACAGUUUACAAUUGAAGAGUAAUAGAUUAGAAUGAUGCAACAAUGUAUUGGAAUCUGGCAAUGAUGGAUUGGAACAAUACAACACUGGAUUUGAAUAUAAGAACAAACGAUUGGAUUGAUACAACAACAGAUUGGAAUAGUUUGACAAUGGUUCAAAAUGUGAGAACGGUUGAUGGGAAUGGUAAAACAUUGGGAAGGGGUUUCAUUGAGAUGUUGAAUUUUCUUUCUUCAAAUUUUGAUCGCAAGCCACUGAAAUCCCGCAUUCGAUUAGUCCUUCGGAUUAUGCAAUUCAUUUAUUAUCCAACUCUCGCUAUUGUUGCAGUGCCUGCCAACGUAGUAACAAUUGUGAUCCUGUCCCAGGAAAUGUGUGGUCUCUCCCGAAGUGUUUCUCACUACCUGGUAGCCAUGGCAAUAGCAGAUCUUCUGGUCAUUAUCUUUGAUCUCAUAUUGCGACGCAUUCCAUUUGUCUAUUUAGAAGGGCAUCAUUUCUUAGAAAGUAUCCCUGUGUGUAAUAUCCACGCUGUCCUGCUUUAUGCAGCCACUGACUGUUCUGUCUGGUUCACCGUCACUUUCACCUUUGAUCGAUUUGUAGCAAUUUGUUGCCCAAAUCUGAGGAGUAAAUAUUGCAAUGUGAAAACAGCAGCCGUGGUUCUGGCAACAGUGACUGGAUUGAGCUGUUUGAAGAACAUUUUCUGGUAUUUUAUGUUUACACAUCAGUACUAUGAAAGGAGCAGACCGUGGUUUUGUUGGGUGACAAGGGAUGUGAAACAUUCUCCAGUCUGGGGAGCAAUUGAGUUCUGUCAUUACGUACUAACACCAGGAGUUGCCUUUAUUCUCAUUCUGCUUCUCAAUGUUUUAACGGUGAGACACAUUGCAGUGACCAGCAGAUCCCGCAGGAGACUCCACCAGCAGAGCAACAGAAAGAGUGCCAAAGACCCAGAGAUGAAGAGUCGAAAGAAUUCCAUCAUUUUAUUGUUUCUUAUCUCAGGGAAUUUCAUUCUAUUGUGGUCAGUGUCAAUGGUGUAUUCCAUCUAUUGGAGAAUGAUAUUUUUGGGAUAUGAGUCUGUUUAUCUUCCUGUUUUUGUAAUGGAACUGGGCUACAUGCUCCAGAUGCUGAGUUGCUGCACAAACACUGUGAUUUAUGUCAUCACACAUCCUAAAGGAGACCACAUCAGGAGCAAUGCAUACAAUGGGUUUAAUUUAAUGGAGUACAUCAGUGCAGGGGGGCUUAAAACUGUGAAUGAUUUUCAGGAUCAACACAUUGAUGAAAAAAUGAAGAGAAGGCACUUAGCCUGGGAGCUACGCAGUGAGAAAGGAAUAAUUGGUAAUGCAUUUCUGGGGGACUCCUUGCGGAUGCGAAUACCAAGAAAAGCAAUCAUUACGCACACAUUCUUCAUUAUCCUUUUACAGCAGCUUCCUGGUGCACAAACACAGAUUGCCAACUUGGCUGAGCAGCAAGGAAUGCUGGAGGUCAACAAUGCCACAGAAGAGGUUUCAAUGAUCCAAGAACCUGAAACCCUGCCCCCUGCACCAGCUCAGUAA